AUGAAGAACGCUCAACCUGCAUCCAACAAGCCUCCAUCUGAGCCUCAACCUGUUCAGAGCGACACCACCGCCGUCGUUGUCAUCGACUUGCAAGCUUGGAAGAACGCGGAGCCAACCCCGGAAGUCCUCGAUCAAUGGUACACCCGUAUCAUUCAAAGGGCUUGGAUCUCCCUGAUCGCAGGAGGGAAUCUGGUCAAGGAUAUGAACGUCUACCUCACGAUUGAAGAAGACCCUGACUGCGAGCACGAUUAUCUGAUGGAUUGGGUACUUAGCCGAGAGGACAUUGAGCCGAUCUUCAGGAAUGAUGAGCGAGAAGAUAUCAAGGGUCAUACCGAUAGGUUCAAUAAGAAGUUCCUCAAGAAAUUGCCCUCUGCCAUCUUCAUCUACAUCGACGACAAUCUGGCAGGGAGUGAUCAAGAGAUCUUUUUUAAUCUCGGAUGCAAAGACAACGUCGUAGCCAACCAUCGACUCACCUACGCACAACAAAGCGAGGAUCCAGAAGUCGCCUUCUCUACCAGUCUGAAGAGACAGCUUCACCACAUCUACCAGCAGGCGCCGAAGCACCAGUCCUUUAAACUACGCAACAAGUCUAGCCCUGAAGUCGUCCCGGUUCCGGAACUCAGCGAGGAGAUUGCUGUAGUAGACGAGAAACAGCCCGAGCCCACCAAAGAUACGCCUGAAGCUAUCGUCGCAAAUGUCAUCCAGAAGAAGCUGGACGGCGAACAUACCGCUAGCAACUUCCUUUCGUUCCUCGAGAGGGCCGCGGACGUCUAUUCUCGAGUCAAUCGAUCUGACUUGCAAAAUCGAAAUGUCUCAUCGACGAUGAAGCAGACUCUAGCUUUACCUUUCCAGACAGUCAAGGGAGGGACUAGCGAAGGUAGUCGGGCUUACUUCGAAAGCGAGACCACGGCAGUAGUCGUUAUGGAGUUUUACGACUGGAGGAAUCUCGACAUGGAAGAACAGAUAUUCGAUCAUUGGUAUAAUAUGAUCAUCGAUCGAGCCUGGAUGUCCCUCAUUGCCGCGGGUCAUCAGGUCAAGGAAAUGAAGAUCUACAUUGUCUUAGACCACGAAUGCGGCAUUUGGAUGACCGACUGUGUCGAUGCGUGGCUCAGCGGCCACGAGGAGAUCAAACCCAUCUGGCCGGAAGAAGUCGGAGAUGGAUAUGAACGACCGAAGGAUCUUGUCGAGAAGUUCUACAAGAGAUACCUUCGACCCUAUAAAUCCGCCGUCUUCAUGUUGAUCACCGAUAACAAGAAAAGCGAACAGGAACCCAUGUGGUCUCUGGGUCAGAAAGCCAACAUCCUCGCAGCUCAUCAUCUCCGCUACAACCGGGCCAAGGAUACUCCUUCCCUUCCGACUUUGACCUUUGAGGAUAAGCUAUUCGACAUCUAUCGAAACCCUCCCACACAGCACUUCUACAGGUAUCGAGGUCAUCCUGAGCCCACUCUCGUUACUCCGAAACCCGUUGCCGCGCAAACCAUCAGUGCGAAACCCUUGCCUGCACAACCCGCCGAUGCGAAAUGCUUUCCUGCCCAAUCCGUCGCUGCGAAACACGCCGCUGGGGAAGAAGAGAAGGAAAAGCGUGUCGCUAACGAGAAGACCUUGGAGCAGAUCGGACAAGUCAUCCAAGACAAGCGCAAGGCGGACGACUUCAUCCAUUUCUUGGAGAAGGCAGCUGAUGUCUAUGAGCGAGUGACUUGA